ACUUCUAUAGUGUAAAGAGACAAAGCAGUUUACACUCUGAUGAAAAGACACAAACAUUUGUUAUUGAAGCCGGUUUUACAGGUGGGCACAUAUUUUUAUUUUUGGGUUCCCCUGUUAACAAGUCAAACCGGUUUGUCAGAUUGAAGAACAGUUAUUAUUCCUGCCAAUAAUCUCACCUUUACUGGCAAGCUGGUCAGCUUCAGGUUAUACUUUAAUGGAUGUGCUGUAAACAGAUUUUUCUGGAUCCAACAAAAGCACAAGUGGCCAUGAAGAAGAACAUGUGGACAACAUUGUGUCAAUUGCUCCUGUUUGGAUGUAUGCUACAUUAUGGAUUUGCAAAUGAUCUACCACCUAGAUUUAUUAAAGACAUGAAUGGCUUAGAGUUGAGUGAAGAUACAAAAACAGGUACCACUGUAUACAAAUUAGAAGGAGUGGACCCUGAAGGACGAACAGUGAAAUACUCAAUAAGUGCAAGUGUCUUUACUGUUGAUACAUACAGUGGUGACGUUACUCUUGUAAGGAAUAUUGAUUACGAGAACGCUAAAACUAUUCGUGUCACAGUCACCAUUUCUGAUGGUCUAAAUGAGGUGCCCCGUAAUGUCAUAGUCAGCAUAAAAGACACCAAUGAUGUAAUCCCAAGUUUUUCCAAUGAAACAUAUUUUGUAAAUGUUCCAGAAAAUACUCCUGUUAACCAGAUCGUUCUGAAGGACAUCGAAGUAAGAGAUGCAGAUGGAGUUAACUCUCUCAUCAGUGUUACAUGCAAUCCCGGAACAGCGCAUCAAGAAGAUUGCCAGACAUUCAAAUUAGAACGAACAGCAAACUUAAAUUCUAACUCUUGGAAAGGUCAACUCAGACUGGCCACACAACUUAAUUAUGAGAACAAGAAAAGUUAUCAAGUACCCUUGGUGGCAUUUGACGGUGUAAACAACAAGACACAAAGUGUUGAAAUACAAGUAGAGGAUGUUGCUGACUCUCCGCCGUAUUUUGUGGAGGCUUUCUCCGUGUCAUUGGAUGAAGUGGAUAAAAUAGGAACAUUUAUUACAAAUAUUAAAGCUGUAGAUGGAGAUGUGUCAGCACCACGAAGAAUUCACUAUGAAAUUUCCAAUGGUUCAGAUGCAUAUCAAUACUUCAAAAUUAACCCAGUGAAUGGAACAAUAACCAACAAGGUGCCUCUAGAUCGUGAAGAUUCCAGUCUACGAUUUAGCGCCAUAAAUAUAGAUUUAAAGGUACGCGAGGUAAUUAGUGAGAGCCCACUGGUACUAGGUGAUUCAGCAUCUACAACAGCAACGACUACCAUUCAGGUCACUCUUUUGGAUAUCAACGACAAUAGACCAGUGUUUAGUUCAAACUACACAGCCAGAAUACCAGAGGACAUAUUGGACAACACAGACGUUCCUCAAUUAUGGAUGACAGUUACUGACGCAGAUAGUAGGUUGUUUGCCAACUACAGCUUUCAGGUGGAAACAUUUGAUGAAGUUUUUGUUACAAACCCUAAAUUUGGAGAGGGUAGGUCAAUUGUUGGAUUAAAGGUGAAGAACGCUUCCUAUAUUGAUUAUGAAAAAGGACCGCGAGUUUAUAACUUUCAGAUAAUUGCACGAGAAAUCAACACGCGAGAAAUGAACUCAGGAAGUACAUCCGUCACUAUUUUUGUGGAUGAUGUCAACGACAAUGCCCCAAGGGUGAACAGGUCACCUUUGAUUGAGAACAUCCCAGAAAAUGCUGCACCUGGGCGGCAAAUAAUCGACAUAGAUGCUGUUGAUGAUGAUUCGGGGAAUUUUGGUACAAAUGGCAUCCGUUACGUUUCUUUAAAAGGAAUAGGCCAGCAACUCUUUUCGCUGAACCAAAUAACAGGUGUUGUAACAGUGAGCAAUUGUCUUUCGCCUGGAAUAAGCCCAUGUCUGGAUUAUGAAGUGAAGCGACAAUAUAACCUCACUGUGUUAAUUGUGGAUAACAAAAACAACCCAAGCAAUCUCCAGAAGAAGCAGGUGGAGUUGAUCAUCAAUAUAUUGGAUGAGAAUGAUAAUGCCCCUAUAUUCUCUCAGUCUGUGUAUUAUGGGAAAAUAUUAGAAGGAAAUACCAAUAUGCUUGAUGAUGUUCUUGUCAAUCAAGUAACCGAUUCAGAUACAGUGGGUCGCCUACAGUUCUCUAUAAAAACGCAGGAUGUAAGUGGAUUGUUUGCAAUUAAUCCAGACACUGGUAAACUGACUGCACAAAGGCCGGUCAGUCUCACUGAUGCAAGAAAUGAUGCUUACAAUGAUGUUGAAGUGACUGUUACUGACGGUGUUAAAUCUGCCUUGGCAACUGUAAGGAUUGAAAUCAUUGAUAAAAACAACCACAAACCAACAUUUUCUCAAGUUUCCUACAAAAAGUGUAUUUCAGAACAAUUCUCCGGAGGUACAUCAGUCUUAAAGGUUCAAGCCACAGAUUUAGAUCAACCUGGAACACCAAACUCUGACAUCACCUACUCAAUUGUCUCUGGGGCAGAUGGCUUUUUUGUUAUUGAACCAGAUGGGGUUAUAAAGACCACCUUCCGAGCAAUAUUUGAUUAUGAAACUAAGCAAGAGUAUUACUUAACUGUUAUGGCAAAAGACAAUGGUUUACCUCCAUUGAGUGCUACUACACAGGUCAAAAUUUGUAUUGAUGAUUUCAAUGAUGUAAUUCCAUAUUUCAUUCCAUUUACAGUCCAAGUAAAUGUCAAAGAAAAUGUCGCUGUCAACACAGAAAUUAUACAGUUGAAUGCCUAUGAUGCUGAUCAGAGUGCAAAAGUACAGUUUUCAUUCGCAGAACCAUCAAAUGCCAUUAACCCUAAUGGUUUGACUGUAACUAAGGCAGACUUUGAUUACACAAAUUUAUUUAGGAUGGAUCCAGACACUGGUAAAAUCUUCAUUGCUAAGGAUUUAAACCGAGACCGAGUGAGUUUGAUUACUCACACAGUACAAGCAGUCGAUACAGCUGGUGUGGAUCAAACAGGCACAGGUACCAUCAUUAUAAAUAUAUUAGACGUGAACAAAAUACCACCAAGGUUCACUCAGCCAUGGACUCCAUCGACACCUUUCUACAGAGUUACCUUGAAUGAGGAACAGUCAGUUGGUAGUUCGGUAAUAACACUGAAUGCUAUUGAUGAUGACGGUUCGAUUGAAGGUUAUGAACUAGCAGAGACCAAGGGAUAUUUUGUUGCCAAUAAAGGCGUGGUAACUGUGAAUAAGCGAAUUGAUUUCGAAGUUAUUGAAGAUCUCUCAUUCUUGGCCUAUGCUUGGGAUAAUGUUGAACCCAAAAUGACUGCCACAGCCACUGUUUUAGUCACAAUUAAGAACAUAAAUGAUAAUAAUCCAUUAUUCAAGGCUCCAAUUUACAGUUUCUCUAUCGAAGAAAACUCCCCACCAGGUGAGAAAGUUGGAUUCGUUUCAGCCUCUGACGUAGACAAAGGAACAUAUGGAAAUGUACUUUAUAGCAUUGAAGAUGCCACAAAAAGUUUUGGAAUAGAUACCUUCACGGGAGAAAUCACUGUGACGAAUUCCACUGCUUUGGAUCGUGAAAAAGUGGGAGAAAUUAUUGUGCAAGUGACAGCUUAUGACAGUCCUGGUGAUCCAUCUGUUCGAAGAAACUCAACUGUGCCUGUGUACAUCACAUUAAGAGACCAGAAUGAUAACGCACCUGUAUUUGACAGGCCAUCUUACUAUCAGAGAGUUGAAGAAGAUGUUAUUAUUGGCACCAGCAUCUUUGAAAUAUCAGCUAAAGAUGCAGAUGAAGGAGUUAAUGCCAUUGUCACAUACAGGAAGUCUACAGGAGAUCCUGGCAAUCUGUUCUCCGUGGCCUCCAACGGUGUCAUUAGUGUGAGACAAAGUCUACAGAAGAAAGCCGGAGUAUACAACUUCGAGGUGAUCGCAUACAGUGGAGUUCUGAACAGUGCUGCCACUGUAACGAUUGAGGUAGUCAAAGGAAUCAGUUCUCCCCCAGCGUGGAUAGUUCCAGCAACUAAUAAUGAAGUUAUUAAUGUUCUUGAGAGCCAGUACAAAGGAAUGUUUGUCUAUCGAGUGAGAGCAGAAAGUCCAGACACAGGACCAAAAGGUCGAAUAAAGUACAUGUUUCUCGCUAGUUCAUUAACUUCCCAGUCAACCAAUGAAUUCUACAUCAAUCCUUUAACAGGUGUGAUUUCAGCACUCAGAAUUUUUGACCGAGAAGAAAAAGACUCAUACACACUGCAGGUAAUUGCACAAGACAGUAAUGUUGUUCCUCAAAAUUCUGAACGUCGUUUAAUAAUCAAGAUUAUAGAUGUUAAUGACAAUAAGCCAAAAUUUCCUGUUUCCAAUGGCCAAGUUUUACCCUACAAUUUCCAAGUAAAGGAAGAUUCUCAACCCGUUUUCCUUAUUGGAAGAGUUCUUGCUAGUGACAGCGAUCUGAAUUCUAGCGUUUAUUAUCAAAUUCUGUCUGGGAAUUCAGAAAAUAUAUUCAGUUUGAACCAAAUUACUGGAGCCCUAUCACUGGAGAACCCAGUUGACCGUGACAAUAUCAGUUCUUUUUCUUUGAAUAUAGAGGCAAUGGACAGUCUUACCAGCUAUGAUCUUAUAACCCCAAAUCAUAUAAGGAGACUGGAAAGGAAGUGGGCUGAUCUGAAUGUAGCCCAUAUCAAUGUAGAAAUUAUUGAUGUAAAUGAUGAGGUGCCAAAGUUUUCACAGGAAGAGUAUUAUGGAUGUAUUUCGACUGAAGAUGGCCUCAUGAGAAGCAUCCUCACUGUGAAGGCCAUCGACAAAGACAUUAGCUCAGAUUCGUUAGAAUACUCAUUUGCCAAACUUCGAACACAAGAUGGUUCGGCUAUCAAGAAACAAAUAUUAACCAUUGGGAAGAAAAAUGGUAUCAUUCGGAACCAAGAAUCAAUGAAUCAAUAUAAAGAUACCGUGUUCCUCAUGGAUAUCAUAGCUAAUGAUACGGAAGCUAAAAAUGCAAGCGACACAGCCAAAGGACUGAUAUUUGUGACAGAAAAAAGUCAAGCAGUGAAAGUAGUUGUAACUCAACCGUCAACAGACGUUCACUAUUUUGUACCACAAAUAAAAAAAUUACUUUCCCAAAAGUCUGAUGACAGCUACAUUUGUAUAUCAGACGUACGAGAGCACGUUCUACCCACUGGAUUACUGAAUACUCACUGGUCAGAUAUGUAUAUAUAUGUAAUUGACGAUAAAGAUGGGAAAUAUACUGUAAAGGGAGCAGAGAGUGCAACGGCUCAGCUAAACAUGGAGAGGUCCAAGGAUGAACCAGUAUUCAGCGGGAUUUACAUACAGAAAAUACAGGUUGCUCAAACAUCGGAUGACUCAGAAAACAACUUUUCCUUACUGCUCAUCAUGAUUCUAGUGAUCCUCUUCGUCUUACUGGCCCUCCUCCUCUUUGCUGUUGCAUGUUGUUGUAUAGCUCAGUCGAAGAAAAAGACAAUUGAGAAAGUCACAUAUGCCCAGAGUUUGGCUCCACCUCCUGAAAAGCCCAAUGAUUUUACAAUGACUUCAAUCUACCACAAUAAGGGUUUCCUUCCUGAAGAUGAUGGACCACCACAAAGUGAAAUGGUAGUUUAUUCUACAUCUCAAGGAGGAAAUGCUGGAUUUCAUGAUAGACUAUUUGAAGAGGAAGAUUUGAAGAAUAGUGGUGGAAAUAUCAAUGGUCAGCACGAGGAAAUUGCUAUGGCUGGCCUUGGUAACAGUGGACAUAGCAGAAAGAGUUUGCGUAGCAGAAACAAUAGCUUUGGUCAACGUGAUGAAAUGCUCCAAGGUGGACUGAGCAACAACGGUGCCCCUCCCAUUAUAUUCACCUUUGAUGAGGCCCCCCCUGAUGGUAAUGCAAUGUCACAAGAGAACCUGCACAUGUCAACUUCGGGUGGCAGUCAUGGCAGAGAUUAUCCAGAUCAAUUCAUGUAUGAUGCAGUUUCUCGACGUCCUGAUACCCCUGCACCUUAUUCUGAGAGGAAUAGUCGCAGGAGUGGACAAAAUGAAAAUGCAUAUGAUACUGCAUCUUAUGGAAGAGGUUCUGCAUACGAUGGAGGAAUGCUCCCACAAUAUCCUGCAAGUAACAGUGGGAGUGUUCAUCAAGAAAGACUCCAAACGCCUUACUCUAGGAGUCUUGGUGAUGUGAGUGAACAGCCGGCAGAACUAAUUUCACCAUAUUCCCAUGAUGGUAGCGGCAAAAGGUUUGCCCCUUAUGUUCAAGAAUAUCCCCAUGGAAGUAGUAAUAAUCUGACACCGGAACCAAGCCCCAACACAUUUGAUUUUCAUGAUGAAACGGUAUCCUCUGAUCCGGAUGACAUGCCACUUUAUUCAGUUGUUAACAAACAUCCUGAUCCAACCCCAGAAUUUCCUGAUACCAUAGAGGAGCCUGAACCGACCCCUUCAGAUGCAUUUUCAGAUCCAGAGCCUGUUAUUACAACGUCUAUCGCAGAUCCAGUUGAAGAACCACAAAUUGAAUGUGAAAUAGAGCCUGAUGUUGAACCAGAGCCAUUCCAGAAUCCAGAUUAUAUUCCUCCACCACCACCACCUGAAGACGAACCUGUUAUUGUAACAGAACUAGAUGAAGCUAGAUAAUAUGGCGUUACUCUCUGGUUAAGCUUUCGUGAUAUUAGUCAUUCAUGUAACAAUGAUGAUGACGAUGACGAUCAUCAUCAUAAUAAUAAUAAUAAUAAU